AUGAUAAAUGAAUAAAUACUUCAAGAACUUAAAAGCUCAAAUUUUAAAUCCAUUAUUGAUAAUUGUGUGUACCUUAAAAAAAUAUCAAAUACAUUAUAUGGAGAUGCAGAAGUUUUAAUUCAUAAGAUUUAUAAUGUUUAAUUGAUUCUGAUCACAAAAAUAUUCCAUAGAAAAGAAGAGGUUAAAAAACUGCAAGAAGAAACAGCAAUGAGGCUAAACCUUAUUUCAGAAAGAAUACUACGUUUAAUUUGUUUUAAUAGUAAUAUGAAGUAUUUAAUAUAGCAAAGGAAGUAAAGGAAUUAUGUGGUAACUUCUAUAGAAUCUAAUGGAUAUAUGAAUUUCAUUCAUGUACACUUCAAGAUAAUAUUUAACACAGAAAGAAAAAAGGAAUGCCUUAUACUGAAUCAGAAAUCAUUAAUCUUUUAGAAACAAUACUAUAAGGAUUUCAAAUUUUAAAAUCUGUUUCUAUUAGACAUGGUUAUCUUUAACCUAAACAUAUCAUUCAAAAAACUAAAUCUUAAAACUAUUGUAUUUCUGAUAUUAAGUUUAUCACUAAAAUGACUGAAUAUUAAGAAGUCUUAUAAAAAAUUGACUCUCUUUAACAAUGUUUCUUAUCUCCAGAGCUCUUAAAAGAACUGCAAAAAGGCACUUAAUAAGAAAAUUCAAAUUAUGAAAAAAAUGAAAUCUUUUCAAUUGGAUUAAUCUUAUUGAAUUGUAUGCUCCUUGAUUAUCCAGAUAUUUACGAUCUCUCAAAUUUUACUCUAAAGUAAUCAAAACUUUGCUAAUAUUUAAAUGCUGCUGAAUAAAAGUAUGAGAGUGCCUAAAUUUUAAGAGAAAUGCUUCUGAUUGACAUUUAUCAUAGGUAUGCAAUUAAUUGAUAGUAGACCAUCAUUAGAAUAACUUAUUUCAUUACUUAUGUAAUUCAAAUACAAAAUGUAAAUUAAACCAUCUCCAAAACCUUAGACUAAUUAUAUUCUUCAUAUUGAUCAAAGUAAAGAAAACUAUUCAUCAUUAUACGAUUGCAAAUUUACCAUUGAAAACCAAUAACAUUCUAUAACUCCAUAGAAAUCCUAAUAAUAACGAGUUCAUUCUCGUAAAAUAUCUUAAUUGACACCAAUUACACAUCUUAUACAUUCUCCAUUCAAUUAGAACAAAUAAGAAAAUACAGAAGCUUCAACAAUAAGCCAAAAUAGUUACUUUUAUUUGGAUACUUCAAAUAUUAAUUCGGAUCCAUAUAACUUUACUUAUAGGGAUGUUACUCCAGAAAGAAAUACUAAACCAUGUACAUCUCCAUAUAAAUGUAUUGCUUCCAACAAUUUACAAAAUUCAAAAACUAACAAUUAUUUCUUUCCAUCCUAAAAAUAAAAUGAAAACUCAUUCUUACAAUAACAAGAAUAAAUCAGUUAUGAUUUUGCAGAAGGAAUAAAAUUAAACGUUCCAAAAUCGUUAUAAUUAGAAUUUAAGAAAUUAGAAAAAAGAAAUUACCAAUAAAUGAAUUAAUAUUAAUAGUAGUUAUUUUGA